AACUCCAUCAGCAUCGCGAUUUAUUUUUUAUAACCUAGCCUCUAAUCAAACUUUGCUAAUCCAGACAAGUUUAUAAUCAAAAAGUUUAUGUAGCAAUGUUUUCUUCUCAACGAAUGUUGUAGAAAACCCUUUCAAAAUGUUAUUAUCUUCAACGUUGCAUCGUGAGUUCAUUAGCUGUAUUGUUUCUAUUGUUCUAAAUUAUUGUUUAUUGCGGACGUAAUGUUGUUUUAUGAUAUAAUUUAUCCGAUGUUUGUUCUUUGAAACAAUCGCUCUGAAGACUCGGGGUGCACACCUCGGCCCGUCAAGUCGUACUCCAACAACUUUGCAGUCUAUUUUAAACAAUUUCAAGACACCGACUGCAAGAUGAAGAAUGAGCUUGUUCUUUCAUUAUUCUUUUAUAUUGGACUUCCUUCCGGAAAUACGCUUCCCACGAGCAUUGCUAAGCUUACUACGGAGUAUACCGUGGAUAGAAAUUCCCAAACGACAGAUAUAGAUAUAAUGGAUACGUCUAUUUUAUUAUCUGAUGACACAACAUUCACAACUAUUCCUAAAUUCGAUCUUGAGGAUCAUCGAAAUACUAUUAAUGAUUCGGAAAUAUUAAGUCAAGGAGUUGAGAGUCCAAAUAACAUAAAUGGUCGAUCGUUUAUAUUUAUUCGUCAAAAAUUCAAAAGUCCUAUGCUUAAUUUAUUUCACUCACAAAUGCUGAAUCCUAACGAUGUCAUAAACGCAUCGCCAAAAUCAGCCUUAUCAAAUAUAGACAAUGAUAAAUUUGAAGAAUUAAGCCGAAGAUUUGCUACUCUUAAUGUUGCUAACCCACCCAAAGACAAGAUGGCAAUGGACAAAAUGUCCAAGACACUUGAUAAAACUCAAGGGACCUUACUAAGUCAAUUAUGCUAUAGUAGGUUAAAGUUGGAAAACGAUGGAAUGGUAAAUAAAAUAAAAGACAAACUGAAAGUUCAGGAUGUAGAAAAGGCUGCAAAUGAACAUCGUGAAUAUUUAGAACUGUUAAAACCACCAUUGUUGCGUAAAGCAUAUAAUGAAGAUGCUCCGAAAUUAGCGAUGCACGAAAUCGACAGACAAAAGAUUGAACCUUCAAAUGUAUCACCUUAUGUACGCAACCAGGAUACUGCUUUAACUUUCGCAAAAAUAUCAUCAAAUUUAAGAGAUAGCUUUUUAAAAAAGUAUAAUAAAGAUAGUCGUUCUUACAAACCUAAAGGAACUUAUACUAAAAAUAAAGUAACAAAUCACCAGCACAACAAUCAACAUAAUCUUCACGAUGUAACAUUUCAUAACGUUGAAGAAAAUAUGGCGCGAAAAGGUAAUGAAGAAAACACGGAUGAAUAUAAAGGUAUAGGUAAAUUAUCUAAAAACAAUUUUGAUAAAGUAAAAGAUAACAAAAUGAAACCAGCUCACGUUAAUAGGAUUCAUUAUUGUCAUGAUUGUGGAAAAAACGUGAAUAGUGAUCCGUAUCAUCGGAAGAGAAUCGAAGCGGAUUGCAAAUGUGGUCGUCAUGUUUAUUUGAAAGGUCGAUCUGAAUGGGAAGAUCAAGAACAACCUGGACCUAUUACUCCGACUGAUAAACAUCAAAUAACAGUACGAUACAGUCCUACAGAUAAUAAAGAGGAAAAGGCUAUGAUAGAUGUUGCGAUAGCUAGAAAUCCACAUUUGUAUUAGGUAUCUGUAUCCAUACGUUAGAUUCUUAACACAAAAUCGAAUUUAAAUCUAACUGUGGCUACCAUUGAGGAAUUUGUAAAUACUUGUAAAAUAAUCAUAAAAAAGUAUAAAAAAAUCA